ACCACUACCCCAGUCAAACCUCUGUUCACCAUUCCAAGAAAGUGGGGUGUAAGCGUGAGUGAGGGAGUGGGAGGACAGUUGUCUCUAAGCUCCUGGGACCCAGCCCACAGCUGCUGAGGAAACCAUACGGCUGACUGCACACGCGGGAGUGACUGUGGCUCUUUCUCCCUACUCAACUGCUCAGCUUGAACGCACCUGCCUCUGCUCCAGCUAGGAUGUGGCUCUUCCACGCUCUGCUCUGCAUGACCAGCCAGGUUCUCCUGGAGGCCUUCAAUGUGGAUGUGACCCGGCCCUGGAUCACAGCUGAAAGAGACUCACAUUUCGUGCUCAGCUCCCUUCUGCACCAAGACCCUAGCACCAAUCGAACCUGGCUCCUGAUCACCAGCCCUAGAACAGCAGCACCCCUGCAUCAGUGUUCCCUCAGCCAGGAUGAAAUUGUCUGCCAACCAGUAGAGCAUGUCCCCAUCCUAAAAGGAAGGUACCAUGGAGUGACAGUUGUUCGGAACCACCAGGGUGUUUUGAUAUGUGUUCAAGUUCAGGCCCGGCAACUCCACAGCCUCAGCUCAGAACUCACAGGCACCUGCAGCCUGCUGGCCCCUGACUUACGCCCCCAGGCUCAGGCCUACUUCUCUGACCUUGAAAAUCUCCUGGAUCCAGAAGAACAUGUGGACAUAGGGGACUGCUAUGGAAACAAAGGAGGCAGCUGGAGGAAGGAUAAAAACACAGCCAGGAGGCGCAGGGCCCUGGAGAAGGCAGAGGAGGAGGAAGAAGAAGAGGAAGGUGGCACUGAGAUUGCCAUCAUCUUGGAUGGCUCAGGAAGCAUUGAUCCCCCAGAUUUCCAGAGAGCCAAAGACUUCAUCUCCAACAUGAUGAGGAACUUCUAUGAGAAGUGUUUUGAGUGCAGCUUUGCCCUGGUGCAAUAUGGGGCUGUGAUCCAGACUGAGUUUGAUCUUCGAGACAGCCAGGAUGUGAUGGCCUCCCUCGCCAGAGUCCAGAAAGUCACUCAAGUGGGGAAUGUUACCAAGACCGCAUCAGCCAUGCAGCACGUCCUAGACAAAAUCUUCGUCCCAAGCCACGGCUCCAGAAAAAAGGCGUCCAAGGUCAUGGUGGUACUCACUGAUGGUGAUAUAUUUGACGAUCCCCUCAACCUCACAACUGUCAUCAACUCCCCCAAGAUGAAGGGUAUUGAGCGUUUUGCCAUCGGGGUGGGAAAUGCAUUCCAGAAUGUUAAGACCGACAGGGAACUGAAGCUGAUUGCCUCAGACCCCAAAGAGACCCAUGCCUUCAAGGUGACCAACUACACAGCACUGAAUGGGCUGCUGAGGAAACUGCAGCAGAACAUCAUACAUAUGGAAGGCACAGUUGGAGAUGCCCUUCACUACCAACUGGCACAGACUGGCUUUAGCGCCCAGAUCCUGGAUGAGGGACAGGUGCUGCUUGGAGCCGUGGGGGCCUUUAACUGGUCUGGAGGUGCAUUACUCUACCAUACGCAGAGCCGCAGGGGUCGCUUUCUGAAUCAGACUGCGGCAAAUUCCAAUGUUGCGCAAUACGGCUACCUGGGUUACUCAGUAGCAGUGCUACACAAGACCUGUGGUGUCUUCUAUGUGGCCGGGGCUCCACGGUACAAACAGCGUGGGGCCGUGUUUGAGCUCCAGAAGGAGAGUAGAGAGGCCACCUUUGUGCCGGUCCUAGAGGGAGAGCAGAUGGGGUCCUACUUUGGCUCUGAGCUGUGCCCUGUGGACGUCAACAUGGAUGGGACUACGGACUUCUUGCUGGUGGCUGCUCCAUUUUACCACAUCCAUAAAGAAGAAGGCAGAGUUUACAUGUACCGUCUGCAUGAGCAGGAUGGUUCCUUCUCCUUAGUAUGCACGCUGAGUGGGCUUGUUGGAUUCACCCAUGCCCGCUUUGGCUUUGCCAUGGCAACUGUGGGGGACAUCAACCAGGAUACGUUCACAGAUGUGGCCAUCGGAGCUCCCUUGGAGGGUUUUGAGGCAGAUGAUGGUGCUAGCUUUGGCAGUGUGUACAUCUACAAUGGACACUGGAAUGGCCUCUCUGACAAAAAACCACAGCGGAUCAGUGCCUCAGCUGUGGCCUCAGGACUCCGCUACUUCGGCACGUCUGUGGCUGGUGGCUUAGAUUUUAGUGGCGAUGGCCUCGCUGACAUCACCGUGGGCACCUUGGGCCGGGCAGUUGUGCUGCGCUCACUACCUGUGGUUCGGCUGAAGGUGUCCAUGAACUUUACCCCCAGUGCACUGCCCAUUGGCUUCAAUGGCAGUGUGAAUGUACAUCUGUGUUUUGAAAUCAGCUCUCUGACCUCAGCGGCUGAGACAGGCCUCAGAGGGACAUCGCUUAAAUUCACACUGGAUGUGGACAUGGAAAAGCCGAGAAAGAGGCUGCAGUGUUCUGACUCGAGGGACUGUCUGAGCCACCUCAGGGAGUGGAGCAAUCAGUCCCAUCUUUGUAAACCCCUCCAGCUCAACCCCGUGGAGGAAGAGCUCUGUGAGGAGGACUGCUUCUCCAACAUCAGUGUCAAAAUCAACUACCAACUCCAGAUACCAGAGGGAUGGAAGGGCCACUCCCGCCCCAUUCUGGAGUCCCCUCCGGAGCCCUCAACCAUUUUCCAGCUACCCUAUGAGAAGAAUUGCAAGAAUAAACUGUUUUGCAUCGUUGAAUUACAGUUGGUCACCAGCAUCUCUCAGCAGGAAUUGGUGGUGGGUCUCACCAAGGAGCUGGCCAUGAACAUUAGCCUAACUAACUCUGGGGAAGAUUCCUAUAUGACAAGGAUGGUUUUGAAUUAUCCCAGAAACUUACAGUUUAAGAGGAUACAAAAGCCUUCUUCUCCAGACAUUCAGUGUGAUGACCCUAAGCCAACUGCUUCUGCCCUGGUCAUGAGCUGCAAAAUUGGUCACCCCAUAUUCAAGAGGUCAUCUGCAAACAUUUCAGUAGUUUGGCAGCUAGAGGAGAAUGCCUUUCCAAACGAGACAGCAGACAUCACUGUGACCAUCUCCAAUUCCAACCAAAGGUCUUUGGCCAGAAAAACCCACAACCUUCGAUUCAGACAUGCCUUCAUUGCAGUUCUCUCCAAGCCAUCUGUGAUGUACAUGAACACAAGCCAGGGGCUUUCUGACCACAAAGAAUUCCUCUUCAGUAUACAUGGGGAAAAUCUCUUUGGAGCCAAAUUCCUGUUGCAAAUUUGCAUCCCAAUCAAAUUGCAAGGUCUCCAGAUUGUAAGAGUGAAGAAUGUGACAAAAACCCAGGCUUACACUGGGUGCACCGAGAAUCAGCCCGUUUGUGUGAGCGAUCCAUUUCAGCGUGUGGACGAAUGGUAUUCAGUGAGCUGUAAUAUCACAUCAGAAAAAGAGAAUGUAACUGUGGCUGCAGAGAUAUCCUUGAGUCACGCUGAGCAGUUACUAAGAGAUGUAACUGAACUGCAGAUUUUUGGUGAAAUAUCUUUCAACAAAUCUCUAUAUGAGGGGCUGAAUGCAGAGAACCACAGAACUAAGAUCACGGUCAUCUUCCUAACAAAUGAGGAGUACCAUUCUUUGCCUCUCAUCAUUGGAAGCAGUGUUGCUGGCCUUCUGGUUUUGGUUGUGAUUAUAGUCAUCCUCUUCAAGUGUGGCUUUUUUAAAAGAAAAUAUCAACAACUGAACUUGGAGAGCAUAAGGAAGGCCCAGCUGAAAUCGGACAGUCUACUCUUGGAAAAAGAUUAGGACCUGCUUCCUUGUCCACUGGGAGAGAAUAACCAGCUAAUUCUUGAACUUCUAGAGAUUUGGCAUUGUACUGAUUACUUUUUCCUUAGGAUAAUCUAGAGCAGCAUUGAACAAAUUGUAGAAUAUUAUUUUUUAACCACACAUUGUCCCCAAAAUGUUUGUGCAUUGUACAAAAAGUAAACUUGGGAAACAUCUGCUAUUAAAUAAAGUUGAACUAUUUCCUUUAUAAUAGUGCUUUUAAUUUGCAAGUAUACCUUAAAAUAAAUAUCCCUUUGCAAUAAA